UAUGGUACAUUUUUAUUUUGCGUGAUUUAGUGAGUGACGCUUUCUCGUUAAAUUAAAUAAUCGCGUUUCAAUUGAUAAUCAAGUUUACGUUAAAAUAUUGUGUGGAUUUCGCUGCGGUUUUAAAUAAAAAGGAAGGAUCUAUUCGUAAACCAUGAGUAAUAUUGUAACGCGGAAAGGGCCCAUAGGGGACGACAGUAAGAAGAAUACAGAUAGUCCUGUAAAAGAUAUGAAAAAGAAAAUGGCUGUUAAUGCUGAAAAAGAAAAACUGGCAGCUGAAAAGAAUGCGAAAGCAGCAGAUAAAUCUAGCCAAAGUGACAAAGAUAAAGGUAGCAAAAAGGAUAAAAGUGUAGACAAAAUAGUAGACAAAGCAGAUGCAAAAGAUAAAUCUUCAGAUAAAAUUGUAGAGAAGAAAGAAAAACCUACAGAGAAACCUGUAGACAAAAAAGAUAAACCUACUGAGAAAAGUACAGAGAAAGUUGCGGAAAAGAAGACGGAUAAAGCAGAAAAGAAAGAGGAAUCAUUAGAAAAAACUGACAAGAAGGACAAGCCCGUUGAGAAGAAAGAAGCCCCGGCGGCUCAGGUUGAGAAAACGAAAGAAGAUGCUAAAGAGAAUGGAAAGGCGGAGACCCCAGACAAAAAGAAGGAUUCCAAAGCUAAACAGAACGGUGCACGAGUUAACGGGGAGCCAGUUGAUGGUGUUAGUUCCGAGGAAGAAGAUGACCAGAUGUUCCCAGAACUGGCAUAUGAGGACUCUGAUAUUGAGUGCUUCGAACCUCCUACUCCUGAAGGACCCAGUCGAAGUUAUACACGCAGAUCACAGGUGAAAACGAGUCGUACGCCCGAAACGCCGCGCCCCGCUUCCGUGAAACAAGGGGACAAGGAUUACGUGCCUGAAGACUCAAAGGAGACGAAAUUGCUUAAACUCAAAGAUGACGUCUCUGAUCGUAAACUGCGUUCGUCGGAUUCUCCAAGAAGACAAGACAAAACAGAGAAGGCAGAACCUAAACAGGACAAAAAUGACAGUGUGUGCGACAAGGACGACAAGAAUGACAGUAAGAUUGAUGAAAAAAUUGAAAUAUCUAUCGAGGUGGAAAGUGAGGAGGGCGCGCGCAAGCCGGACACGAAUUACUCCAAGUCGCGCGUCAAGGUAUCGCCCUAUCGACGUAGCAUGCGUCUCAUCGCUCCCGCUGACGUCACGCAGACUUCGCUGCUCGCCAACUAUACUGGUAACAACACAACGAUGGAAAUGGACAUAACAGAGCCGUCUAUGAUUGAUGAGCCCUCGACGGCUGAGAGUCCGUACUUGAGUGGUCUACGCAACAUUCGCGGGAGGAGGUCGUACAAACCACUCAAGGAGAUGACUCUGAGGAACAUCGGAGUUAAUACCAGCAUCCGGUCCACUAGUAGUGCUUCAGUUUCAGAAACUCGUCCCACAGGUACUGUGGUAGGUCGUAAGAGGAAGCCGGAUGCGGAAGAGGCGCAAGAGGCCCACGAGGCAAGGGGCAAACGCGCCAGACUUCUGGAACGUUUGGGAGGGUUCACUAGACCCUUCCGCUUUACGACUUCUGCUUCAGAAAGGCUUUGCGUUGAGAGUACCGCUGAGAUCGUUGGUAUAAACACGGAUCUGCCACUCUCAGCGCCAGUGAUUACGACCGAGGCUUUCGAUCCUGAGUCCCUCAAACACUCCACUUCGCUCCCGGCUGCGCCUGCGCCAACACAAUCGCACAGGGACAAACGAUGUGCUAUUAUGUAACAACUAUCGCCUGCGCAUGUUAAAAGGAGAUUGUUUAAUGAUUAAUGAUAAAAAAAAUGCCUUUAAUAUUAGAAUAAUAUGGACUUUGGUAAAUCGGUUAUAAAUCGAAAUGAUUACAUUGGUUUGAUUUUCGAAAUAUAUUUUUUAUAUGUAUAACGUGUCCCAUGACCUAUAUAUCAAAGCUUUGCAAUAAUUGUCUUAUGUCGGGGUUAUAUCCAAAAUGCAUUUUAUAUCAAAACCGCAGUUUGGCGGACGGAAUGCACUUUUACAAAACGAAAUCAGAAAUUUCGGUAUAUUCUAAAUCAAUCGUUAUAUUCGGUAUAGGAACCCGGCCAUUGCAUUUAGUAAUGAUGUCGAUUAUGCGAUUAAAUCCGUUAAAAUUGUUUGUGUUUAAAAAAUGCAAUUUGUGUGUUACAUAUUGUUUGUCGUGUGUCUUCUUUAUGUAAAUAGUAGCAGUCACACGUAUGUUGAACUUAUUUGUGUCUGUAAAAUGAUAUUUUUUGUGUCUCAAAUUAUUUCCCAUUAUAAUCCCACCAUAUACAUUUGGCUGCUACGAAGUUAGUGUAUUGCUAUGUCCUAUAUAUUGCUUUACAACAAAGAUUAAGUAACAAUCAUAUCAAAGAUUGUACUUGGAAAAUGAUAAAUGUUUUUUGGAAGUGUUAAAUAGUAUGUCAAAGGGCUUACGUUUGUCACAAUUCUCUUGAUUUUAUAACGUUAACAGCUCUCGCACCACAGACUAUACUCCCGAAAUUUUGUAAUUGUCUUCAUCAAUAGUAUAGACAGGUCUUUGUUACCACUAUGGUACAAGUAGCGGCACGAAACUCUAGCGCUGACCGUUAUUGCGCAGAAAUAAAAAAUAAGGUACCUGAGGGGGGCUAGCGGAAUGAAGAGCUUCGAUUGGCUCUCCAGUCGCAUUCCGGCCCCCGUACCACAGUACAUAUGCGCAGAAAUAAUCCUCCUCGUAUCGGCCAGCGCUAGACUUACAUGCCGCUGCCUAUACAAUGUUUUAUAUAUCGACGUACUAUGUAAGUUUUACUGAUCGACCAUUGAUUGAGAAUCAAUCUUAGUUAUUAUUAAAAUUGAUUCCCAACGCACUGUAGGAUAAGGUUCAAAAUUAUUUGUUGCCGCCGUUUCAGAGGAACACGAUAGUUCAUAUAGAAGCGGCAAGAUUUAAUUUUCAACAUAAUUUAGCCAAACCCAAAGCUGAUAGUAAUCAUGUACAAAAUAUCUAAUGUGCAUUUUAUAUAAAUAAAAAUUAAUAUAGAUUAUUUUUUUCUUUUUUUACUAACGUAGAUUAGAUUUCAUAGGAAACAUUUCAUCUUAUGUUAUUAGAGAUUUUUCAAACUCAAUAAGUGAGCUUCCAUUGUCUGAUCAGGCUAAAUUGAGGUAUUUUGAAUUUUUUUCUCGUCGAGAUAGGUUAGGUUUGCCAUAUACAUGACAAUAGAACCACCGCAAAAGCCUCCACCGAAUUAGAUUUUUGCCAUAUUGCAACAUUGAAUAAUUCCGCACAUUCAUCAGUAACAUAUAAGUUUAAAUUUACCUGUAGGUAUCCUAAAGAUAAGCACUUCAUCAUUUUUCUUUAUUUGAUUAGAUUCUAACGUACGAGUUUACUUAUUACUAGGUAUUCACGGCCCCCAUAAAUCUUGAGUAUAUCCGUAUUGGCGUGGAUAAGUUAAUAACGCCCGAACCCAAUGAUUUAUCCACAAUCAUACGGUCCGAUCUCAGAUUGUUUUCAAUUUGAGAUCAGACCGUGACAGUCGAACGAUCUCCUAUCUGCAUCCCAAUAACCAAACCCUACGAAGACAAUCCAUUUUUGGCGACGGAUAGAAAGCAAUCUCUUCGCUAUUUACACUCAUAAUUUGAUAAUCAUUAAAAACCAAAUAAAACAGUACAAAUAAUACUAAAAUAUACAUGUCUAUGUUUAAAACAUAUCAAAUAGCUUUUUAAUUAUUUUAAAACUGGUGUAAGUUAAUAUCUUAAGAUAGAAUAGAAUUGGCACAGUGAAACUGUCAAUUUCAUGCAAAGGUGUGAACAUACACCGAUUCGACCUAUUACAAUCCGUCGAUUGGUUAUUGGCACACCUUUAUCAAUAUUUGGAUUAUCAUGUCUAUCUCAGAUGGUCAAUAAUGUAUUGAGAUAGGUUAUUGGGUUUGGGCGUAAGUCGACUUUAAAUAAAAAUCGUAUUGUCUAUAAACUUCUGAAGACAUCUUAGCUUUUCAUAACACUUAUUAAAAACUAUGGUGUGUGUAAAAAUGCAUGUAUUAUUUUACCAACUUUUGCUAUUUAUGCAAUAAGAUUAACUUGCAAAUCGACUUAAUUACCUUAUCACGUCAGACGCUUCUAAAAUCAAUUAUAUUUGUGAAUAUAGUAUCGUUAAACAAAUCACCAGCUAAGAACGAGCCGUAGCAAACUAAUGAGGAUUUUCUAUUAAAAUAGGUUUAACAAUCAUGAACUGAUUUCAUUGUAAAGAAGUUUUAUAGUAUUGUUAUACACAUUUCAGAUUACAUAGGAUAUGUUUAUUCUUUUUUACGUAAAUCUUAUCAAAAUUAUUGUAAGGGAGACAGAUUGGCGACUGCAAAUUGCGUUAAUAAGUUUACAGAGUUUUAAAUUUUUCUUAAAUUUUGAUUCAAAGAUCGUUACUAAUCAAAGAAAAAAGCGAAUAUAAACAUAUUCAAAACAGUUCUUUUCGCUUUAGCAUUUCUUGUCUGAUGUCUCGAUAUUAAAUUAAGAAAACAAUAUAUUUGAGUUGAGGUAUAAAUUGUAAAACUCUAGUUCUGUUACUUCUUACUUAGACGAAGGUUAGAUUUAGAGACAAGUCACUAAGUUUGUCAUUUCUGUAACUCUAUAGCGAUUGCUACCAAAGUUUCAUAUACAAAUCAACGCCAUCCCUAUUGCAAGUUACAGAGUACCGCUGCAGUUUACUUGAACUUGUCUCUGAAUUAUAGUAGUCGCCAGUCUGCUAUCCUUAUUUUUCUUUAGUAUUAUUUGGUCGUCCAUUUUGUUCUUAGAAUCAAAAUUAAUUACGUCUUUAGUACUAGUAUAAGUCUGUAGUGUAGUAUAGAACUAUUAUGAUUGAAUUGAAAUUAUAAUUUUUGUUAAUAAAUUUAUAAAUCUAA